GACUGAUCAAUAAAGAACUUGAAGCCGUCUUCUAGACUCCCGUGCCUCCUUGGGGUAAUUGGGCAGCUCCAGGGGGAAACGAGCCCAUUUGGCUAACAAAUGGCGACCACGAAGGGACUUCUCUCCCUGUAGAGGGCACUGACCGACGGCCGAGGGCGAUUCCGAGGAGUGGCCACCUCGAGCGGUUGGUUUGCUCGGGCCUCGGAUCGUCACAAUCGGCCGGGGCGGCUGUGUCCUCUCUAAAGAGAACUCUGAAGGACACGGAAGCAAGACGGCUUCAGAAGAAGGGGAAGUCUGACUGCCGGACGCGGCCACUUCGGGCGCUUUAUCGAUACGCGGCGCCAUUCCAGGCUCUCCCCUUGGACCAGACCGUGCAUCCGUUCCGGAUCGGUGACCAGGUCCUUGUCAAGAAGUGGAAACGCGACCCCCUUACACCACGGUGGGACGGCCCGCACACUGUCUCGCUCAUCAGCCAAACUGCGGUCAAAGUUCUCGGGAGCGACAAAUGGACACACCAUACACGGGUAAAGCGAUUUCUGAGCCCUACCCGGAGACUGAACUAGCAGAAGAGGACACCGGCCCUCUGCCCACCCCGGCUCCGGACGCCCGGGGUGGCACAGGUGAAGACUCUACCUGGGAGUACCAGUACUUGGACGGACUAAAGGGACUGUUUAGAAAGAGAUAAUGAAAUUGCUGCUAAUAUCUUUGUUUAUAUGCUUCCACCACUAUUACGGUUGGGAGAAUAGGUUUUUACAGUUAGGGGAGACAAUAGCAGGAUCCUUUAACCUCAGUAACUGUUGGGUAUGCGGAGGCCCAGGGGAUUGGAAUGAAUGGCCUUGGGUAGCCCAGCCAGUGCCAGCUAAAUGGUGGAUCAGUAAUUUAAGUAUAGUCCACAAAGGAACAGAAGUUUGGGAUGAGGAUAGUAGCCCUUGGCGACUCUAUUCCUCUGAGAUGGGGAUCCUUUGUCUAAACCGAACAAAACAAGAAGGGGUAUAUGUGGGCAAAAGCCAAUGUGACUGGACCCUAUCUCUAGGAUUUGACUGCUAUGAUCACCCUAGUUGCCAUACGUAUGACUGUUCUAAAUAUCAGGGACGAUGGAACCAAACCCACGUAAAACUCACUAAUCAUAGCUGGGUACAAUGUUCCUACCAACAGCAUACUGGUGAAGGCUGUAAGGCAGUUGGACAAGAUGGAUUCUUUGAUGCCCUCUUUCUAAGUUGCCAGCGAGAUAAUACCGACAGUAAGGAUCAUGUGGUACGCUGGUAUCAGUGGGCAUGGCAACAUUCUAAUGGAACUCGGGUAACCCAUUUUAAUCAUUUUUGGUCUACUACCAAUAGCCCUAAAUUUGGUUGUAAUUGCGCUUGGAAGGAAGGGGCUGGGGCCUGGAAAUGUGACUACUGUAAUCCUGACGGUACAUCUAUUGUAUUAGGGGGGCCCCUGGAGAUGGGUAACUCGUUGUAUUACGAAGAACCGGGCCCCGAGGACUACCCCGAAGCCUGGGAUGGCCCCUUUGCGAAUGGACAAUGGGCCCUAAAAGGCCAUUACUGGAUAUGUGGGCAACACGCUUAUCGGAGAUUGCCUCCAAAUUGGUCAGGAAUAUGUUAUGUUGGGUACAUUAGGCCCUUGUUCUUUCUACUACCCCAAAUUCAGGGAAAUAAGUUAGGAAUUAAGGUAUAUGACGAUUUGAUUAGGGAGCGGCGGUCUGUUGAUUCCGCAUUAACAGCUGGAAGCUCCCAAAAGUGGGGAGCUCAAGAGUGGCCCCCUGAAAGAAUUAUACAACAUUAUGGUCCAGCCACAUGGAAUCCUAAUGAGUGGAUCUCAGGGGCCAGGGAGCCCAUUUACAACUUGAAUCGGAUAAUUAGGCUGCAAGCCAUCUUAGAAAUAAUAACUAAUCAGACGGCUGCAGCUCUUGAUCUCUUGGCCGAUCAGUCCACUCAGAUGAGGAAUGUGCUCUACCAGCACCAUCUAGUUCUUGAUUAUUUGCUGGCAGAGGAAGGGGGAAUCUGUGCAAAAUUAAACGAAUCUAAUUGCUGUUUACAAAUAGAUGAUAAUGGAAAGGCGGUAAAACAGCUAACAAAAGAAAUGAGAAAGCUGGCCCACGUCCCGGUCCAAGCAUGGGGUGGGUGGAAUACGGACUGGUUCCCGUCCUGGUUACCGCAACUGGGAUGGCUCCGAGAAGGCCUUCUUCUCUUUAUACUCUUUAUUACAACCCUAUUAUCCCUAGCUUGCUUUGCUCCCUGUGUAGUUGCAUUAGUCCGACGAAUGGCUAAUCAAAUUGUACGCCAACGCAUGAUGGCACUAUAUCAACCGGUUAAAGUUGAGGAUUGGGGGCCAUAGGGCUCUCAAAAUGCUUUUAAGGGGGGAGAACCUUGUUAGAACAAAGGCCAAAUACUCGCCUAUUAUUUCAGCUGUUCCCCAUGGCCAUAAACUCCCUUUCCCAUAUAUGAACAUAUAGCAAGACAAUCAAUCAAAGAGGCUCAACAAAUGUAUCCUAUUUACGGC